AUGAGGCUCUUCGGGCGUCUCAAAGACGCUGUCUUGGGCUAUCUGACCCCGAGAAACACUGCCAGGGACCAGGGAUGGCUGCAUCGCGCUCCACACACUCCCGUUACUCCCAGCCGCAACUCCAAUGGAAAGCGCCCUCUCUCCCCAGCUUCACACCAUGAGGCAGACAAGCGACUCAAGACUCUGGACGGCUCCGCUGCUUAUCUCACUCCGCCGUCAUUCGGAACCGCCUCUAGCGACUAUAAUGCGGAAGAGCUGAACCUGAGUACCAUUAAGGACAGCGAGUCUCUCACGGGCGAAUGGUCCUACAUCAACGACGCACUCGCCGACGAUGAAUCAUCCUGGUCAGUUGUCGACAGCGAGGAGUCUCUGGUUCACUUUUCCUCACCUGCGUCCAAGAAGCGCUCGCCUAAGAACGAGUCCAGCGUGCAGCCCGACAAGCAAUUCGAUGAGGCCGACUUGAAGCGAUUCGACAUCGAGAAAGCCCGCGCUCAGCGUGAAGAAGAUGCGAAGAACAUGCGCGAGGCUGGCUGGGCCGAGGACCCAAUCAAGGUUUAUGUCAAGAUUGCCAUGCGUGGUUGGGGAGCACUCUUCCCGAGGACCUGGAGGCUCAGUUUUGAUUCAUUGCCUUCAAUUCUCUUCGCCGACAAGCCCAAGGAUGAGUACAUCAAGGCGCUUUCUGAGAACCAGUUCCGAGCCAUGAAGGCCUUUCGCUCGCUUCUGACAGUCCCCUCGAGGGCUCGCGAUGCUAUCUUGAAGGAGGUUAAUACUCCGCCCUCUCGCCAGCCGCAAGAGUUGAUCCGCAGCGAAAUCAGUCGCUAUUUGAAAUGGGCUUUCGCUGAUGCCGAUGUCUCCGACGUUACUCCAACUAUUGCGGUUCUUUCAGCCGCGGAAGAUGUCGACCCUGAAGCCUUCGAACAAAAGAUAAUCAAGCGCCUUACCACGCUCAAGCAAGAAUGGAGGGUAAAUCUCGCAAUUGGCGAGGAAAUAGACGAGAGUGGGGACAUCGUCGUUGUCAAUCAACUUUGCGCUCCGCCCACCAUCUUCGCCAUUGUUGUCAACAAGCUGGAGUUCGGCUUCUUUGCAUUGGAGGAUGAAGACGACGAGCGAGAACAACCGGAGAUCCGUAACUUUUACAUGCACGACAUGGGCAAGUUUGAUUACGACGUCUGGAACACUGUCGCCAUCGCCAUCCUCGUGAUGCACUGCAGGGAGAAGAUGGCGAAUCUCAAGGAAGUCAUGGAUGACUACGACAAUGGAGUGGCCGAGUCCGCUAUUCCCCAAGGUCCACGUCCGAGGUUCUCGUAA